AUUGUGCAUAUGUUAUCUGUGGAUAUAUGCAUUUAUAUAUUUGCCAAGAUCGAUGAAACUUGUAUGCAACAUUCAUAUUCGUAUUAAAGUACUUUUUGUGUCGACCUAUUUAAAAGUUUUAUUGCAAAGUUCAAAAACAGUGUGUUUACAAUGAAUGCUGAACAAAAGGGAAAUUCUUUGGAUGAGUCCAGUGUUACAAUGGUUGAUGUGUUGCAAGAAGAGCACGAAUUGGAAGAGGAAUAUAAUGCUGUUUUAGGGGCUUCGGAUGAGAAAUGUUGUACAUAUUCUCAAGGUGCUAUAAAGCGACAGGCUCUAUACUCUUGUCUUACUUGCUGUCCUGAAGCUCGCACUGAUUUGAAUAAAUGUGCCGGAAUCUGUUUGGCGUGUUCAUACCGAUGUCACGAAAAUCACGAACUUGUCGAAUUGUAUACAAAACGCAAUUUUCGGUGCGAUUGUCCCACGGAAAAAAUUUCCAAUCAACAAUGCUGUUUAUUUGAUGUUGGAAUAACAAUGCCACAAAAGUGUAAUUCCGGAAAUUCAUAUAAUCAAAACUUUCAAGGAUUAUAUUGUAAAUGUCAUAGACCAUAUCCAGAUCCCGAGCGCACAACAGAAGAAGUGAUGUUGCAAUGCACCGUUUGCGAAGAUUGGUUUCAUUUGUUCCAUUUAGGUAUGCCGGGAUCCACAACAAAAGUCACAAAUGCAGAUAUCUGUGCAGAAAUGAUUUGUGAAAAAUGUAUGAACAAACAUGUAUUUCUGCAAGAUUACACUGGGUUGGCCCUAGAAGCACCUGAUAAUUCUGACGAAUCUGUAUGCAAUGUAACAUCAGGAAAUAAUUCGUUGCAUGAAGAUCAUGACAACAAAUUACGUUCAGAUUUAGACAAGAGCAUAUCUGAUAUAAUGCAUAUGAAUGCAGCCGAAAAGGUAUCAUUAGAAGGAAUUGUGGAGUCGCAAGUUAAACCUAGUAUUGGAGUUGAUGAAAAUACCUUAAAUAUUGGCCCAGAAGUGAAACGUCAGAGAAUUGAAAGUGAUUUGCCGUUGAAGACAGGUAAAAAAGAAGACACCUGCUGUCGUCCGAAAACAAAAACGAAUUACGUUGGAGGAGCUACAUUUUGGGGAUAUGAUUGGCGCGAAGCUUUAUGUCAAUGCGUUCAAUGUUUGGCUCUCUAUAAAUCUGAAAAAGUGGAAUAUUUGUUGGAUCCAGAAGACUCUGCCAAGUCUUAUGAAGAGCGAGGUAAGAAACGUGGUGCAAUGGAAUCCACAUACGAGCAAGGUAUACGUGCUUUGGCUUCCAUUGGUCGAGUGCAGCAAAUAGACGCUAUAACCGAGUACAACCGCAUGAAAGAUAAACUGAAGGAAUAUUUACAAACAUUCGCUGUUUCCAAAAAAGUUGUCACCGAAGCGGACAUCAACCGUUUCUUCGAAGAAAUACGGAGUGAAAAAAAUGCUGAACUUGGUCAACCGUUUCUCUGCCGUUAAACGUGAAUUAUAUGAAAUCUCAACAUAUUGCUACCGCGUUGAUUUAAUUUAUAACACAUGAACAUAAAUAUAUAUUCGAAUCACUAUUUUCAUUUUAUUCAAAUCACAUUCCGUACUCUAUUCAUUAUUAGACAAUAUACAUACAUUUUAACUUAAUAAAAAAAUAAACCAAAAUUUAUUGUACCAAAAUUUAAAUUAAGUAAUUCGUAAAUUGAAGUGUAACAAGAGAUUUGCAAUCAAAUUAUUGUUUAAAAAAAGAUUUACUAAAUCAUUAUAAUUAUGACCAUGAAAAAGUUUGGAUAUCUUUAUAUAUACUUAAAUAUAUAUCAUAUUUCUGUUGGGUGUGAAACCCCCGUUGGCAAAUUAACACUGUAUCAACAUUCGGUGGUUUUUCUACAAUAAGUGGAGUACAAUACAAAUACACGUAUGGUAUACAUAGUAAAAUCAUACAAUUGCAACCACUUUUGUAAAUCUGAAUUUGUCUCUGUAUUCUAUGGAUG